CAGACCAUCAGAGAAAAAGAAAGCCUCUGAAGUGUGAGAUGUUGCUGUCAGAAGGUUGGCUCCCAACAGUUAUGCUUUUGAGCCUUUUUGGCUCACUGCUAGAAUCAAAAGUGUUCCUUGAGCACAAUAAUGCAGUGCAGCUGCUCCGAGUGCGUCGGCCGAGGGCCAACUCAUUCCUGGAAGAGAUAAUGCCAGGAAACCUGGAGCGGGAGUGUUAUGAAGAGACCUGUUCCCAGGAGGAGGCGGCUGAGAUCUUUCAGACCAGAGAGAAGACGAUGGAGUUUUGGUACAGGUAUAAGAAUCUAAACCCUUGCUCCUACAACCCUUGUCUCAAUGGUGGAAUCUGCACUGUGGAUCGAAAUGGAUACCUCUGCUUGUGCCCCCCACGAUAUGAUGGCAAGAUUUGUUCCAUAGAGGUGUUUGAGUGUCAGUAUCAAAAUGGUGGCUGCCUGCAUUACUGUACCAACCAGGAACGCACGUCCGGUGUCCUGUGUGGCUGUGCCCAGGGCUACCAGCUCGACGAGGAUGGCAAGGGCUGCUCUAAAGCAGUGCCGUUCCCGUGUGGUAAGAAGCAGAGUGUGUCCCAUCGUCGUCGGUCUCUGUUGGACGACUCCCAGGACGUUGCCUCAACGUCACCCUCACCCUCAGUCUCACCCCUUCUUAAUUCUUAUGGAAACUUGACUGUGGAGGGAAACUGGACUGUGGAGGGGAACUGGACUGUGGAGGGAAACUGGACUGUGGAGGGAAACUCCACCUCCCCAGAAAUGAACUCCGGCCAGUGGGCCGAGAACAGCACAGAAGUCCUGGACGAUGUUGGCGAAGACACUCGUAUAGUGGGCGGUCAGCUGGAGAAGCAGGGGGGGAGUCCGUGGCAGGUGAUGAUCCGGAGAAAGGAUGGGUAUGGGUUCUGUGGUGGAACCCUGAUAAGCCAGCGCUGGGUCAUCAGCGCUGCACACUGUUUCUCAGACAUAGUUCCUGACCAUGUGAUCCUAGGAGACUAUGACAAGCAACGGUCCGAUAAAAACGAACAGAUGAUCAUGGUGGAAAAGCUGGUGGUUCACCCUCACUUCCAUGUGUACACCUUCGACAGUGACCUUGCUCUGGUCUACCUCGCCAAUCCAGUGGUCCUGAGCGCAAUCGCCAUCCCUGCCUGCCUUCCCAACAAUCACCUGGCUAAAGAGCUGGAUAAGGAGGACAUCCGGGGCGUGGUGACGGGCUGGGGAGCCACUCAGUUCCUGGGCCGCUCCUCUCGCUUCCUAAGGAAGGUGGUUCUCCCCCUGGUGGAUCAGAAAAAGUGUGUCCUCUCUACGGAGCAGGUGGUAACUGACAACAUGUUUUGCGCCGGAUUCUUGGAGGCCAAGCUGGACGCCUGCAGCGGGGACAGCGGCGGCCCAUUUAUGGUCAACUUCAGAGGGACAUGGUUUCUGACUGGAGUAGUGAGCUGGGGUGAAAAGUGUGCUGCUAAGGGUAAAUAUGGCGUUUAUACCAGACUAGGUAACUACCUGCACUGGAUCCAAGACACUAUAGAGAUGCAGGAGCAGAUCAGCAGCCAGACCUGAAAGCCUACAGGACUGGAAAACAAAUGUAGCAAACAUGCAAAAUCUGGUGCUUAAAGAGUUAUAAAUUCUGAAGCAGUUGUCCAAAGAAAAUAAUAAUUUGUGAAUAGAAUGUUACAAAAAGCCAUAAACCACACAAUUUGAGCUUGACUCAUGACUUGAUUCCAAUUGAGAUCACUGUCUACUUUGUAUAUCCCUAUAACCCAUUAUACACCCCAAUAAUCCUGUCAGUUCUAUUUGCACAAUUUGUAUAAUUUCUGUGUAAUGUGACAAGACCAAAAGGGAAUGCGUGAACCAGUAAAGAACACAUUUAAGAAAAUAAUUAUUUGGUCCCACUGAGAA